GGUUGACUUGUGAACAACCAGAGCGUCGAUUUGCUAUGCGCCAGCGUCAGUCAAUUUGCUGUCGUCAAACAGUUGUGAAAGGCUUCGACUGUUUAUCAGUUUGUCCUACAGCUCUCUCUGUUUUUGUAGGUUAAAUGUUUGUCAGCUCAUGACUAUUGUAUUUAUCAUAAUUUUCAGGAACAGUGUAGUCAUCCGCGGACUGAAAGAGUAAACGUUCAGUACUCCUAUAGCGAUUUUAAGAGUUUAUAACUGUAUAACUAACAGCUAUCGCUAGCAGAAGCGUGAUUAGCGGUUAGCUGACAUUUCACGGAGGUUUGCAGGAGGACUGCAUAUGUCACAUCCUCUCCACUGGUAAGAAAAUCACAGUUUUAUUAACUACAGUUGGCAGUUCACUGUGCAAGGCAAUUACUUUUAGUGAGUUAGUAUUAUGAACCCCAUGUGCCAGCUUAGCCUAGCCUUGUUAUCACAACCUUAGGUAACUCAGCUCCAUGCUGGUGUCUAUGCAAGUGGUCUUAUACCCCGACUCAGCUUUAUAGUGUAUCCACUUUUGUUUACAUUGGUUCAGACUGUUGAGUGGACUUGCAAAAAUCUUUCUAAACCAAGAUGGUGUUUGGUAAUUGUCCCUCUUCCUCUGCCUUUCUGUGUCUGCAGGUAAGUGUCCACAAAGCCCAGCACCACUAUGACAGCUCAGGAGGGAGAGGGAUGGGGAGGCCUUAGUAUCCUUCAGAGGACAUGUCCAUGGCUCACUUCAUGCUUUUCAAAGUCAACAGAGUCUAUGAAAUUUAUAAAACUGUUUGUCUAUAAAGGCCAAAGAGGUUAAAAAAAUGUUUUGGCUGAAACUUGUCAGGUACAAAACAAGUUUUACCUUUCUGGCCUCUAUGAACGAACCGUUCUAUAAAUUUAUCAUAAACAGGAACCUCUUAAGUAUAAAGUCUAUGAAAGUACUGCUUAAAGAGGUAUUCCAGUGUAAAAUUAAGUUAGGGUCAAACACACAGUCGAGAGAUGAAUGUUGCCAACCGCUCACCCAAAAAGCCGCCCUAUAGCCACAAAUAAUGCUCAGAACAGCACCUAACUUCAUCAAGAGUACAUAUAGGGUCCCAGCCAUAGUACUAGUCACCAAACAUCUUUUUAACUUUGCCUAAUUUCUUGAGCUAAGAGAUUCACCCACUCUCUUCCAGCUGCAGCAUGUUUGUAUAGAGACCUCCGGGUGAGUCCAUCUUUUUAGCUUUGCCUGAUUUCUUUAGCAAAGAGACCAAACACAACUCACCUACUCUCCUUCAGCAGCCGCAUGUUUGUAGCGAGACUUUGAGCCAAUCCAUUACGGACGGCUGUGGGGUGCACAGCUCAAGGAGGAACAUUUAUGAUCGUUACUUUAUCAUUUUCUUGAAGUAGUAAUCAUCAUAUUGAUCAUUUUGCACUGCAGACGCGGUAGUUCUUCUGCCUUAGCGUCUCGGUCUGAUUGCAUUUCCAUGAGCACUAACUGAAUUUUACACUGAAAUAUCCCUUUAAAUGAUAUGACUAGUUGGUUGAUUUAAAAGUGGUUACCAGGAGUAUAAAUGAUAAGUUUGUGUCAAAGUUUAUACAUUUCUUAAAUCAGUAAUCAGACAACUUCGACUGUCUCUAUGAAGACUUUGAUGCUUUAUAUUUCUGUAAACUAUCUUUGCACUUGGAAAAUAUGACGUUUUGUUAGAGUUUGUGUAAGGAUAAAGAUAUAAUCAAUACUUUUAAUAUAACUAUCAAUGAGGAAGAAAAAUAGCAUUUGUGGCUUUGAUCUUGAAAUAUGAUUUUCGUCACAAAUUAUUGUGCACAUUUGGUGCCGUUGGUGUCCUAAUGCAACAUGAUACCAUCUUUACGGUGAUUUUUAGCAGCAGGUUUAAACUCAGUGCUCUUCAGUCUGUGCUCCUUUUGUUUGUGGCUUUUCAGUCUUGCUGCUGUGGCACAGUAAGCCCUUAACUCAGCAUGCACCCUGACCUGUCCCCACACCUGCACACUGAUGAGUGUAAUGUCCUGAUAUCUCAGCUGAGGCAGUGCCACACUGAAGUAAGUCACUUUAUGAAUUUUUUUCAUCAAAUGAGUCUUAACACACAGAGAGCAAAAUCCUCAAACUGUCUGUUGUAUCAUCUGCAGCACAGUUUCCUGAAGUUCUUCGGUACCUGCAAUGAUUUAGACCGGGUUAUGCGUGAGUGCCUGAAGAAAGAGGUAUGUCAGUUAUUUAAUGUACAACACUAGUUUUUGUUAAUUAACUUGAUAAGACAUGAGACGAAAUACUUUAACCACUAAUAGAUGAAGUUUUUUUUUCUCUAUCUUGACCUUCGUCUUCUUUGUCCCAACAGAGACUGGAAAAGCGAGAGCGCAGUAAACAACACGCACGGGAGAUGAAAAGACGUCUGAAAGAAGGACCUAAGGAGCAACUCUGAAGGACAUUCAAUAAUCAUGUCGCCACAGGCACUCCUGUUCAAAUAUAGAGAUGGUGCGACUUUGAAAGAAGCAUCUCUGUAUUUAACAUGUGGUUUUAUUAUGAAGACAGAAGAAGAGUUGUUACCUCUAUCUUGUAAGAUCAAAACUGUGGGGGUUAUAUUAGCAUCAACAGGUCUAAGUAUCAUGUGAAUGUGAACAUUUAACAACAAAAGUAAGGCCCCGUUAUUUAUAUAUUUAAUUGCCAUCAAGACUGCAGGUUUUAUUUAACAGGAGCGUGAGUAUAUGAUGAGUGUUGGGAUCCUACUCCAGCACUGACUCUGUCAUGAUGUGCAGCAUACUCGCACUGUUACUAAAUGUACUUUGGUUUAAAUCCCCCCCAAACACGUUAUAAAAUCUGCUGAAACUUGCAGUGUUAUUAGAACAUUUUAGCCCAACAUGAAAACCAAGGAGUAGGGUGGAUUAAAGCUCACUGUUAGUCUCUCAUUUCCUCUCUGUUAGUUGAACGUUACAGCUCUAUCAGAGAGGUAAGUGCAGCUGAUGGCUGAACCCUUUCAUCAAACCAUUACUUUAUUCAGCAGGACUGCUCAGGAAUAUUCUGGUACCUGAAUUAUUCAUGGUUCAGGCAAAGAGGGUCCAUUUCAGAGAUGCAUCAGAAAGGCAUGUAAAAAAAAUAGCCUGGCUGGACGUCAGGAUACUCUUAGUGUGAGUAACUUAUUCUGGAUUGAGUUUUUCUGUAUGAAUGGAGAAUCAUAUUGAUUCAAUGAGUUCUUUCAAAUAAAGUGAUAUCAUGUGCUGAUGAAA